GUGUCCAGCUCUCCCCAAUGACUGCUGCGCCUCAGGGCCCAGGUUUCAGCAGACCUCUUCAAGAUGCCGUCUCAGAUGGAGCAUGCCAUGGAAACCACGAUGCUUACAUUUCACAGAUUUGCAGGGGACAAAGACUACUUAACAAAGGAAGAUCUGAGAUUGCUCAUGGAAAGGGAGUUCCCUGGGUUCUUGGAAAAUCAAAAGGACCCUCUGGCUGUGGACAAAAUAAUGAAGGACCUGGACCAGUGCAGAGAUGGCAAAGUCGGCUUCCAGAACUUUUUAUCACUAGUUGCAGGGCUCAUCAUUGCAUGCAAUGACUAUUUUGUAGUACACAUGAAGCAGAAGGGAAAUAAGUAGGCCAAACAGAGCCCUAAUACUCCCUGCCUGAUGCAUGCUCUCCUACAGGGCCACUUGAGGACUUUGCCUCACUGCUUCUCAAGAGCAGAUCAGGACCCUUAGGAAAUGUGCA